UUGGAACACUGUCCAAGCAGCGUUAGAUAGUAUGUUGUAUCCUUGCCUGGCUGUGUUGCCGUUGCUCGUGUUGUCGGUGCGAUGUGCGUUACUGACAAAUUUGGGGCGUUUCCAUGCAGCUCAUGCAGGCUUUAUACAAGUAGAAGAGGAUUCGCAUGCUGUCAAUGUUCUUGACCGCUACAACUUGUUCAUAGCAGCCUUUAACCCAUUUCCUUUCACAACAGACCACGUGUACGAGGUAGCUGCAAUUGGACGCAAGUUAGCAAACAUCAAUCGCACGCAAAUUCUUGAUGUUUCACACAGAAUCACCUGGCCAAACGAAAUCAGUCAGGUUCCAGAUGCAGUGUUCCACAAGGAGCUUGUAGCCGCAGCAGGAGGUUUCCUGGUACCCCUCAAGGCUCAUGGAACUAUUGGAUUGUUUGAUCUGUCUGUGUCUCCUCCUCGUGGUCCUUACACCAUCACUAACAAUGCUGACAGCGCCUGGUUCUACCACAGAGUAGACUGGAAAGACAUGAACGGGGACGGGCGAAUUGAUGCUGUGUCAUGCAGAGCCAAGAAGCCUCUAAUUGGUGGGGCGCAGGGAGAAUUGGUGUGGUUCGAGCAUCCAGCAAGUGGUGCACUGCAGCACCCCUGGACCAUGCAUCUCAUAGACCACGGCCCCGAUGUAUAUUUUGAUUUUCUCACUCUCCAUACACCACAAGGAACGUUUGAUUGCAUUGUGACUGCCGGCUUCUUCUCCAAGAGUCUCAAUAUCUAUUGGACAACAGAUCAAAGUGGGAAAUGGGAUGAUACGUCCAAGAUCAAGUCACGAGUAAUAGACCACUCUUUCGGGGCUGUGUUUGAUGUUCAAGCUGUGGACCUAAACGGCGAUGGUGGCCUAGACCUUCUUGUCACUGGAAAUGAUGCGCACACCGCCUAUGUAUACAGCUAUGAGAUCCCAGCAGAUUUCAGGACUGGGAAAUUUCAACGUCAUACUUUGGCCGGAGGCUUCAGCCCGAGACUUAAAGGAAUAGGUCACGGGGCCCCAGGAUCAGCACAAACAGUCUUUCCCACAAGUGACACCAACGGGAUAAACAGAAACGGCAUAAACAGUGUAUGUAUAGCUGCUAAGUAUCACAUAUCAGCCAAUAAAAAAAAAAAAAAAAAAAAAAAAACCUGUGUCAAGCACCGCUGGACCGCUGGACCGCUGCGUCGGUACCACAGGCCACACACCCCAGUAUAUUUGUUUUGGAAACUGAUUACGAAGCGUUGAUUUCAACACUUUCAUUUGAACACUUAAAUACUUUCUACCAACAUUAUGAAUUUUUCUCUCCCUCGGAAAUUGACUAAACAAAUCUAGGAAAAUAAUAUCAGGUUACUUGCCCUUUAAAGAUAACAAGUAAAAGUAAACUAAUAUGUAAUCCUGGAAUUUUGCUGAGGCUAAUACGAACAUGAUGCUAAAUUAACAUACGGACUUUAAACUUGUU